AUGGCCACCGUCCACCAACCAACCAUCACUGAAACCGCCGAUGGCAUAGCCGUCGCAACAUGCGUGCCUAUCGCCCACGGCUACACCUUCGAACCCGAAGUGUUCUCAACCAGCAGUAAAGCCAUCGCGGGCAUGUAUCGCGCCCAAGGUCGCUGUCUGUGUCUUGUAGACACCAACGUCUACAAACUCCUCGACACUAAGAUUGAAGAAUACUUCAAACACCACAGCAUUCGCGCCGUGGUUCGCUCCGUCGAUGUCACCGAAGAGCGCAAAGAUCUCGAGAAGCUUUCUGAAGUCUGUAAGAUGUUUGUGGAAUAUGACUUAUUUCGCCGCGAACCAGUGCUUGUUGUUGGCGGGGGUUUGAUGACUGAUGUUCUGGGAUUCGCAUGCGCCGUCUUUCGGCGCGGAACACCCUAUAUUCGCGUUCCAACUACCUUGAUCGGCCUCAUUGACGCAUCUGUGUCAAACCGUGUCGCCGUAAACUGGAACGGACUCAAGAAUCGUCUCGGCGGCUACCAUGAGCCCGUGCACACCAUCAUUGACUACACGUUUCUCAAGUACCUGCCGGCUGCUGAGAUACGCAAUGGACUUGCUGAGAUCUUGAAGAUAACUAGCUGUGUAGAUUUGAAGACGUUCAGAGCGGUGCAGGCCUAUGGGCUGGAUUUGAUUGCAACCAAGUUCUUCCUUACGAAUGGGUUCAGGCAGGAACAGGCUGCGCUGAGUAAUGAGAUUAUUCGGGCUGCCAUCAUCGACGUCCUUCGGGAGGAAGUUCCCAACUGCCGUGAGGCUAAUCUCGACCGCGUCAUGUUCUUCGGGCACACCUGGUCACCGGUUCUUGAACUCGCACCCAAGCCAGUACUCCUCCACGGCCACGCGAUUUCCGUAGAUAUGUGCUACUCCAUCAGCAUCUCGCAAGUUCUCGGGCACAUUGACGAGGAGCACGCAAACGAGUUCCUCAAAGUCUUCUCCGAUCUCGGACUUGCACUUGACCAUCCGGCCUUUACUGAGGAGCUGAUGCUGAAGGCGACUGCUUCUACAAUUGCGACGCGUGAUGGUAAGUUGCGUGCUCCGAUUCCGACGGGGAAGCUAGGAGAGUAUGAGAUCUUGGCCAAUGUGAGCGAGGAUGUGCUAAAGAAGGCCUGGGCGCUGCACAAGGAGAGGGUCAAAGAGUUCCCCCGUGAAGGGUUGGGCAUUGACCCGAACACCUCGGUUAGAUCUUGA